AAGGCGGAAGUCUACAGAGCAGGGGGAUUCCCCGAGGGAAGUUCCCAACUCAACUAGGCUAUGUAAAACAGACAUUGCCAUAUCCUCUCCAGCGCUUCGUAACUUUGCAUCUGAAGAUUAGGCGACGACGCUGCGGUCGUUUCAAAACAAUAAAUUCGACUUUAACAGUUACUCGAAUGAAGGGCUCAUGUCUGCCGUGUCAGUGAUGAUUGUGGAGCACACGGCAUGGAAAGGAACAUCGGAGACCAGCUCAACAAAGCUUUUGAAGCUUAUCGCCAGGUCUCCAUUGAAAAGGACAAUGCUAAAAAGGAGCUGCAGCAAAUGACUGAAUAUUAUGAGCGAUACACUCAAAAACUUCAAAAGCAAAUAGAGGACCAGCAGCAGUUGAUUUCAAAACUUGAAGCUAAGUUAUCAGCAACAAGGCAACCAUCAGGAGAGAUGAAAUGUGAGCCUUGCAACCAUCUCCUUGAUGGGGCCAGCGCUUAUAGGAAAGUACAGUACCUGGAGAAAAUGGGCACUGUUGCUGUUGCUCCUAAUAUGCCAGUCAACAGCAGCGUUGACUAUCAGGACAUGCUGGAUGCAUUUGAAGCAAUUCAAGGGAAAUUCCGUCAGAUUCGGUCUCUAACCAGAAGACAAAAAGAUCACCUAAAAAGAUUCCAUGGAGGAAAUGAUACAUCAAACGAUCAGUGGUUCUCCAUGCCCAUCCAGUGCACAGACCGUACAGAAGAGGCAGAGACACCCUUUUCCUCAACGCUAAGGUCAGCAGUGGAUAUCCCACUCCCGCCCACGUCUCUGGCGUCCCGCGGCGCCAGCCCCGAGGACAGGGACUUAGUAGACUCUCUCACCAAACUCAGUGUCAAAUUCCCGCCCUCUGCGGACAGUGAAUAUGACUUCCUGAACAGUGCUCCAGAGAGACACAUUGGUCUGACCAUGCCCAUGAAGCAGCCUCUCAGAACUGUCCCCUCCACACUGACAGAGGAGGAGCCCGUGGAACUGCCCAUGCCUUUUGUUUACCCUACACCCCCCUCCCACUCAACAUCAUCCUCGCUCUCCCAGGAGAGUGUGCGGGGACCCCAGCAGCCUCUCUGGAGCCCUGAGCUGUGUGAUGCAGUUGACGCGGGAACAGAGCUGGCGACGCCUCAGAGCAGCAGUCCUAAUAAAUGUGCUUUCUGCCACGCUGUGGUUCCUCAGGACCGAAUGAACAGCCACCUCUACUCGCAUUUCUCGCCUAAGAAUGAAGCCGACAAUUGACAGUGGAAGCAGAGACUGACAGGCCAAGGCCACAACUACUCCAAGACUUACUGUAUUCAUGGUCAUGUCCUGCCUGCCAUGAAGUAUAUGCGCUGUACUGGAUUUGAAAUGACACUGCAAUAAGACUUGAAUCCAUUUAUUUAAUAUUGAAGAACUGAAUGGUACACUUUCUUGCCCAUUAUAUUUUUUCUAAUAUCACGCUGAGAUUUUACUCUAGUACUAAGUGACGUUGAUGCAUAAUAUGGUAUAUAUGAGCAAAUAAAGCCGACAUUUACUCUUGCAA